AUGGAAGAAAAAUGUACCGAUACAUUUGAAAGCGUUGCAUUAAAUUUAAUAAAAACUUUAAGAGAUUCUAUACCACCAGAAGCAGCCCCUAUAAUUACUUCUACAUCAUCGACAUCAGGAUCAUCAGUCAAGUCAGUAAUAAGUACAACAAAAACAACACCAUCAACAAGUAUAAUAUACAGUCAUACUGAUAUUUCCGAGCACAAUUCAAACUACAACGACGACAAAGCUGUAGACUGCUAUAAGCCAGCAAAAAGUCGUGGCUCCAUGUCGCUACUACAGGAGGAGGAUUUCGAAACUAAUUCACAGCAUGCCUUCGCCCAAGUUGUCCUUGAUGAUGAGACCACAACGUCAGGUGUAUUGGAAGCUUAUGAGAUAAUUUCUUCGAAUUUGUUGCCACCAUCUGCGACACAUGGUGAUGACGAUGAGGUUACGUCGGAUCAUGUAGCCACCGUAAAUGAUGACAACAGUUCAUCUACAGAUGCCAUACAAAUUAUAAAAGUUUCAUCGGAUUCAUCAACUGGUUCAUCAAGCAGUAAUGCAUUCUAUAAUUCAUCAGAAGUUUAUGUAAUCAACGAUGAUGAUGACGACGACGAUGAUGAUGAUGAUAUCGACGAUGAAGAUGAAGAAGUCAGAAGGAGUCGCAUCAUUGCAAAUAAUAAUACAAAUGGAGUUAUUGCCGAUGACGACAAUGAAGAAGAAGGUGAUGACAAUGAAGAUAAUAUGAAUAUUACAAAUCAGUCUUCAAAUACGUCUGCGGUACGCAGCUCCACAACUGCCAAAAAUAAUGGUGUUAUUAUGAGUACCAAUGGCGCCAUGAUUUUCUUAGAAACACCUGUAGUGGAAGAACAACAAAAUCAUCAUCCCAUGCAUCAUCACCAUCACCACGAAAUGUCCGCCACAGCCAAAGGCGCCAAUGAAUUUGCAAAUGACACUAACGUCAUUCCAAAACGACUAAGUGAUGAAUUCUCCAAAGAUGCGGGAGAUAUGGGCGAGGAAACACCGUCGUCAUCAUCAGCCACAAGUAACAAAAACCUGCAACAUCACCAACCUAAAGAACUUAUAUUCGAUGUAAGAGAAUCUCGUGGAUGUUCGGAAAAUGAACGCAUGUCAUCACGAUUGAAAAAAAUUAACUUGAAUCAGAAUACCAAUUGUACAAAUUCUCAGGAUCAACCCUCUAGUAGUUCAAAGUCAUCUGCAUCUAGAGGUGGCAGUGCUUCCACGAAUGCUACAUCGUCAUCCACAGGUAUGUCUUCGUUGUCCGAUAUAGAAUCCAUGGAUUUAAUAGAACGUCGAGACUUCGAGCAUGAACAACGAUUAACAGGAGGUAUUAUACUGAAAACAAGUUCAUUCAGCAAAGAUGAUGUCCUGCAUCUGGGUAUGGUGAAAUCAAGGUUUAUGAUGAAAGACAAUUUAUCGUCGCACAACUCAGCUGGCAGCGAUGGGAAUCCACAUCCAUCCACAAGCAGCAAUUCCAGAGGAUUUUCAUCCGAUAGCAAAUGUACCUACAAAGAUUUAUCCGCCACACCUACAAGUAGUCGAAAAUUAAUAGUACGCCUAACCAAAUCAACUGCCAAAAUGAAUUUGAGCAACACUCUAAGUCAUCACACCGAACAACAGCACCAACAGACAGACCUAGUAAAGACAUCACACAAUGCCAGCAUCAAUAAUGAACAAAAACAACACAAAUCAAUAUCUCCCUCCUCAACGUCCUCCGCUAUGCCAUCAUCCACCUCUGCAACAGCAUCAUCAUCAUCAUCCGCAUCUGCCAAGACGGCCACAAUCACAUCAUCAGUGAUAGUCGAGCCAGGCGCGUCAGCUAUGGGUUCUUCAGAAAUAUAUUCCAAUUCAAAUUCUAAUGACAGUCUUAUAUCCAGACCUUCAUCAACCAGUUCAUCAGUGGUCAAUAAACAAUCACACCAUUUACGUCAGGAUAAAUCUCACGAUGAAUUUUCCGGACCCUCAACAUCCACGUCCGCAACAAAAGGCAAUGUGUCCUCUGUUGUAGUUCGCGUCUUUGAAAACGGUUGUAGUCGUACCACCGCUAUUCAACCUCUUGUAAAUCAUUCUAAUCAUAGCAGUAACUCAUCCACAAACGAUCAGCAGGACGAUGAUGUCCAGCCUUCUACAUCGUCAGCAAGAUGUCAGUACGCCCCGCCACCUAGAAGUCAUAGACAGGUCAAUGCCAGCGCUCAAACUAACGAAAGAUAUUUAUCGCGAAACCGCAGUAACAGUGACGCCACCUCAUCCGUAGUGGCGAAUGAUAUAUGCCUGGGAGCAGCGGCCGUAGGAAGCAACAACGCUGGCCCUAGUUCCAGUCGCAACAAUGGCAGCCGUCGCGCAGAAAUUUCACAGAAUAUUAUGAACGGUUUGCGUAUGCUCAACGAUAACCAUAAUGUGGAAAGCAACUUCUCAUUCAAUCAUCAGAACUCAGCUUGGAACGAUUGUGAGGAUAAUAAUUCCGAUGUCGAAGAAAUUUGCACAUGCCAUCAAAGCUCCCUGGAUGAUGGCAGCAGCCAUGGCGGAAGUAUGAGCGACUUGAAUGACGGAGUCGACGAAUUUGACGCAUCACAAGUUUACGGCAGCAAUGCCAAGGAUGGUGGGGGUGAUCUGUCAUACAAUAUUCUGCAAAAUCUAUCCAUAUCUGAGGAUGGGGCGGCUGCAUCGCCUGAGUGUCUGGUCAACCGUAAGCGCAAAUACCAUGACAGCCGUCUCAUGGAUCAUGAUUACAAUUCAACAACGAUAUCGGGCAGUGGUGGUAGCGGUAAUAUUGGUUCCGUAUUGGAAAGUAAUAGUCGAAAACGAAUUGCAUAUGAUUUUGCAUCAACGCCUAGAUCCUCACAGUCGAAUAAUAAUGCCACAAGCACUAAAGUUCUUGCAUCGACCCCAUCUUCAGCUUUAGUUCACACUUCAGUCAAUGGGUCUCCCAUGGGAAGACGCACGCCCCGCUCAUUGAUACCAACACGAGACAACCCGCCACCGGAAUUGCAGCAAUGGCUUCAACAAUUUCAACGAUGGUCUCAUGCGGAACGUCUUUUGGCUGUUGACUGCCUAAUAGAACAUUGUGAGCCCACUCAAGUUCGCCAUAUGAUGAAGGUUAUCGAACCACAGUUUCAGCGAGACUUCAUUUCACUGCUACCUCGAGAAUUAGCUCUACAAGUCCUAUCAUAUUUGGAUCCGCAAGACCUGCUGAGGGCUGCCCAAACAUGCCGCAGCUGGCGAUUCUUAUGUGACGACAAUUUACUGUGGAAGGAAAAAUGUCGCCAAAGUCAAAUUCUAACCGAACCUCGCACUGAUCGGCCUAAACGUGGUCGAGCUGGAAAUAUGCCACCAAUAGCGUCUCCAUGGAAGGCUGCCUACAUGCGUCAACACAUAAUAGAAAUGAAUUGGCGUUCCAGACCCAUUAGACAGCCCAAAGUGCUAAAGGGUCACGACGAACAUGUCAUAACAUGCCUACAGUUUUCUGGAAAUCGUAUUGUGUCGGGAUCAGAUGACAAUACACUAAAAGUGUGGUCAGCUGUUACUGGCAGGUGUUUGCGUACUUUAGUAGGACAUACUGGAGGCGUGUGGUCAUCACAAAUGUCAGGCAAUAUUAUUAUCUCAGGUAGUACAGAUCGCACACUUAGGGUGUGGGACAUGGAAACGGGUCAUUGUGUGCACACGUUAUUGGGCCAUACAUCGACAGUACGCUGUAUGCACUUGCAUGGCAACAAAGUUGUUAGCGGUUCUCGAGAUGCAACUCUACGUGUUUGGGACAUUGAACAGGGAUCUUGUUUGCGAGUAUUAGUCGGUCAUCUGGCAGCCGUUCGUUGUGUGCAAUACGAUGGAAAAUUAAUUGUUUCGGGUGCCUAUGAUUAUAUGGUUAAAAUUUGGCAUCCAGAAAGAUCAGAAUGUCUACAUACACUGCAGGGUCACACAAAUCGUGUGUAUUCAUUACAGUUUGAUGGUGUUCAUGUGGUGAGUGGUUCGUUGGAUACGUCAAUACGUGUGUGGGAUGUUGAAACGGGCAAUUGUAAACACACUCUGAUGGGCCAUCAAAGUUUAACCUCGGGCAUGGAGUUACGAGAAAAUAUUUUAGUUUCCGGCAAUGCUGAUUCAACAGUUAAAGUUUGGGAUAUUACCACCGGCCAAUGUCUACAAACAUUAUCGGGUCCAAAUAAACAUCAAUCAGCUGUAACAUGUUUGCAAUUUAAUUCCCGUUUUGUGGUUACCAGUUCAGAUGAUGGCACCGUUAAACUGUGGGAUGUAAAGACUGGAGAAUUUAUACGCAACCUUGUGUCCCUGGAUUCUGGCGGUUCGGGAGGCGUUGUGUGGCGUAUAAGAGCGAAUGACACGAAACUGAUAUGUGCUGUUGGUUCACGCAAUGGAACGGAAGAGACUAAGUUAAUGGUUCUUGACUUUGAUGUGGAAGGAGCGUGUGUCAAAUGCUCAUAGGAUAUAAAAUCAAUGCAAAUAGUAAACUUUA